CGGGCCCGCCGCCGCCCGCCCGCUGCGGGGAUGUGCGAUUGCCAUGGCGAGGCGGCUCUUGGCGGGCGCCUGGCUCGGGAAGCCCCACUACUCCCAGGCACGUUUCUCAUAUAUGCGGAUGAAGUAUCUCUUUAUCUCUUGGUUAGUAGUUUUUAUUGGCAGCUGGAUUAUGUAUGUUCAGUAUUCCACCUACACAGAGCUAUGCAGAGGACAUGACUGUAGGAAAAUAAUAUGUGAUAAAUACAAGACUGGAGUUAUUGACGGGUCAGCAUGUAGCAGUCUGUGUGCAAAAGAAACAUUAUAUUUUGGAAAGUGUUUGUCGACAAAGCCCAAUAACCAGAUGUAUUUAGGAAUUUGGGGAAAUCUGCAAGGUGUUAUAAAAUGCCAGAUGGAAGAAGCUACUCAACUUGAUUUUGGUACUGAUCCAGAACCAAGAAAGGAAAUAGUCCUAUUUGAUAAACCAACUAGAGGAACCACUGUUCAGAAAUUCAAAGAAAUGGUAUAUGGUCUUUUUAAAGCAAAAUUGGGUGAACAAGGAAAUCUUUCAGAAUUGGUUAAUCUUAUCCUAUCUUUUGCUGAUGGAAACAAAGAUGGUAGAGUUUCUUUGCCAGAGGCAAAGUCUGUAUGGGCACUUCUGCAACUAGAUGAGUUUCUGUUAAUGGUCAUCUUGCAGGAUAAAGAACACACUCCCAAAUUAAUGGGUUUCUGUGGGGAUCUCUACAUGAUGGAAAGAGUUGAAUAUACCUCUCUCUAUGGAAUUAGCCUUCCAUGGAUCAUGGAACUCUUCAUUCCUUCUGGCCUCAGAAGAAGCAUGGACCAGUGGUUUACUCCAUCAUGGCCAAGAAAGGCAAAAAUAGCUAUAGGGCUUUUAGAAUUUGUGGAAGAUAUUUUUCAUGGACCUUACGGGAAUUUUCUUAUGUGCGAUACAAGUGCCAAAAAUUUGGGAUAUAAUGACAAAUAUGAUCUGAAAAUGAUAGACAUGAGAAAAAUUGUGCCAGAAAUGAAUUUGAAAGAAAUAAUGAAAGAUCGUCAGUGUGACUCAGACUUGGACUGUGUUUAUGGUACAGACUGUAGAACUCUGUGUGACCAAAGUAAAAUGAGAUGUACCACAGAAGUCAUUCAGCCAAAUUUGGCAAAAGCCUGUCAGUUACUGAAAGACUAUCUGCUUCGUGGUGCUCCUUCAGAUAUCCAUGAAGAACUAGAAAAACAACUGUAUUUGUGUAUUGCCCUUAAAGUCACAGCAAAUCAGAUGGAAAUGGAGCAUUCUUUAAUACUCAAUAACUUAAAAACUUUACUGUGGAAGAAAAUAUCCCAUACAAAUGAUUCUUAGCUCCUCUACUCACAGGAGGUAGUAUUGAUGCCACUAGGGGUGGCCUACCACGUUUGAUAACAAGUGCAGCAUUUUUUAAAGGUAUUUCUUUACUCAGAUUUCACUAAUGCCUCUGUGACAGUCUUCAGUCAGUACCCUACAACAGGGCUUCUCAAAGAACGAACAUGCUACUGAAUGAUCUAGCAGAGGCCAAAAGCACCUUAUGGUGUUCCAGUGCUGUGUUAUGGACAUAGAAACAACUCUGCAUGCUUGACUGUUCUGUGCACUUUGUCAGAUCUUGAACAGGAUGAAAAUAUUCACUGUGCCACCACAUUGACUAACAUAAUUCCUUACAAUUCUGUGAAAAUCAUCACUCGCUUGUGAAAUAUUUACAAAAAUUUAUCACAAGUUAAACAAAGAAUCACCACUACUUCAAACAAUGUGGCUGCAUCCAAGCUGCUGUUGUGAAUAAACUGAACUAUGAGGUUGAAGUUUACUAAUACCAUGGCAUGGCAGAAUUUGCACAUUAAUAGAUAAUUUUUAAACUGUUUGGAAAAUUAAAAUUUUAUUCCAGAACCUCCAGGUUUUAAUGACAGACUUUUAGUUAGACUCUGUUUACACCUUGUUACCUCAUGCUUACAUCUUGAAUGUUUAAGUAGUUCAAAACUUUUUAAUUAAAAAGUCCUGAUACAGUGCACCAUGUUGGGAGCCAAGAUUUUUAAGAUACUAUUUCUUAAAAGGAUGUACAUAGAAUAGCAACAAUAUAGAUACCUAUUUCAAAAGUAGAUUAUUGUGCUUCAGUCAACACCUUUAACCCAAGAUAAGCUGUAGAUCUUAAACUUGAGUUUGUGGGCCAAGUUAUUUCAUAAUGAAAAUGGAAGAUAACUUCUUAAUAUUGAUAGCAGAAAGUUAAAAACAGUUAUAGAAGUUUCCUUUUCUAAUAGGAAUCCAGUAUAUAACAAACUACAGCUGUGGACAGUCUUGAUUCUUUAAUUUCAAUACACAUUGAGCUACAGACUUGUGCUUAAAUCCUCAUCUAUUGCAGCAACCCUUUAAGCCAGAACUGUAGACCAGAAGUUGGAUUGUUCAAGAUCAUGGGAUACUGCUUAAACUAAAUGGGGCCCUAAGCGCAAUAGUAAGAGCUAGGAACUACGUAGACUAUAAAGCAACAGUACCCUCUGCAGCAUGUUGCUGUUCCCUUUUCUAGGAGGGAAGGAGUCAGUAAGUCUCAGUCAUGAGUAAACAAACUAUCUUAAUCUGGCAUUCCACAUGGCAUGAUCACUAUAACUUUUAACGUUCAUCCCUGCUGUUGAUUUACAUCUAUCUUCACAGUUGUAUAAAAUUGGAUAUGCUGAGUAAUUAUCUGUUAAUGUUUAAUGCAUAAAUGCUUUAGGUAUGAAGUACUUAGAUUGUUACUGUUUUUCAUGAGGCAAUCACCCAUGUACCUCUACCCAUCUGACUCCUUAGUUCAUUCUUAACUUAGGUAAGAACAAUCUUUAAAUAUCUGAAAGGGUUUCUUUUUUAAUUGCUUUGGCUGUCCUAUGUUAAAUGCAUUCCUUAAAUGAUUAAACUUAAGUACAAAAUCAUCAAUGGACAUGCGAAAGCAAACAUCUUUUGCUGUACCACAUGUAAUAGGAAGCAGCUUGGGUUAGGUGUGUUCUAUAAACAUCAACUUAUUUUAAGAAUUACUGUGUUAAUUAUCGUCUCUAACUUGAUAAUGUCCUCCAACUAGGACCUAGUAAUUAUAACCAGCAAAGAAUUCAAGUGGUAGUUUUCUUGGUGAAAAGUAUGAAUGUAAUUCCUACUGUAUUUUGGGUAGAAAAGUAUAAACUCUGAAACACUGUUGGGGAUUUUAAAUGACUUCUUGGAAUAACUGGAAAACAUGUUUAAUAGUGCAGUUUGUACAGAAUCUUCAUUUUUAUUGCUGUUGAAUCAAGUUGAGACUUUCAUUGAAAAAUACUUUUGUUUACAAUAAAUUAAAGGCAUCCUUUCUCUUUCAA